AUGCAGUUCACCCCUACCCACCUUUCAGAGGUCGCAGAGGAUGUCGCAGCCCAGCAGGUUUCAGAGGAGGUUGCACCAAAAAUGAUUGCAGUCAAACGCUCAGGCAAGGUUGUGGAAGUCACCGAAGCCAAGGCGCGCCUCCUAAGAGAUAGGAACAACGAUGCCCAGAGAGGCUUCCGGGAAAGGGAGAAGGAGAAAAAGAAGAAGCAGGCUGAAGAGCUUAGGCACAUGAAAAAAGAGAAUGAGCAGCAGGCCAAUGAACUCGAGCGCCUGAAGAAACAGAAUGAGCUGUUGUGGGAGAUAAAUGCACAGCUGCGUGCGCAAGUCCAUUUGAUGGCACGGCAGCAAGAGUUCAUAGAGGAGCAAUGCUCUUCUAAGCGGCAGCGUGUCGACCCGCCACAUUUUGGUGGCCAGCAUCAGCUCCCUAUUGGGCCACAGUUCCCCAGUGACCAGCACUUUCCUAUCCAAGGACAAUUCUUCAACCACCAGCAAGUUCCUUUCCAGGGCCAAUACUUCGACCACCAGCUCCCUACCCAGGAGCAGCCCUCUCACCAGGAGGCUCUGAAGCAGCUCGGUGUUCAGCAGCUCCCCUUUGAACUCGAGUCGCCGCUAGAACCCUGCUCCCAGCAGCAGGUCCCCGCCCUGCCCCAAAGCCCUGUCCAGCAGCAACUCCCUGCCAAGCAGAAGUUCUCCACCGGGCAGCAAUUUGCUGCCCUUGAACAGCCUCCCCCCCAGCCACGAUUCCAAGUACAGCAGCAAUUCUUUGGCCAGCAGCAAUUCUUCGGCGAGCAGCAGCCCCUCGUCCAGCAACAUUUCCCUGCGAAGCUACAGAUCUCUGCCCCUCCACAAAUCCCCGCUAGGUAUCAGCUACAUAAUGCGCAGGACGAUGACGCGUUUUGGGACGAAAUUCUCAACCGCCCAGGCUUCUAG